AUGGCGGCGGCCGUCGACAGUGUUGUGAAAGUGUAAGUUUACCUUUCAAUAGUUAAGAGUAAACCGAGCGGCAUUACAGCUAUGAAUGUCGAGUGUGGCUAAUCCUAUCACACCCCUGCUCAUCCUGUAAAAUGAUAGAUAUUUCCUCCAUAAUCUCGGGCUCAACAUUGUCCCUAAAGAGUAACGUUCUUGACUGAGCUAAGGUUAGCCUGUUAGCUGUGAGCAGAUCUGAACUCAAAGAACCGGUGCUGGAGCUCUCUUUUAGACUUGUAUCCCGAACUUAGCUUCGUAUAUUUUUUGCUGUGAUAAUGCCACACACGGUGCUUCAAAACUCGCUUCUCGGCCGCCUGUUAAUUCACCAAAGAGUUGAUAGUACAGUUAGCUCUGAGGGUGGCGGGUGUCUUGUUGUCGAGCUCGCUAACAAUCAACCUUUUGUUCUGACAUCCCUCCAUCGAUCCUGAUGGAGUCAGGCUUUGUGAUCAGUGAAACUUACUUAUGUGUGCCUUCUGAUUAAAUACAAGAGUUAUAUACUAAAUGUAACAAUGUAACACAACCAAGCGGCACAUUUGGGUAAAAAAUGGGAAGCGAGAUAAAUGUGAUAUCUCUGUCGAAAGGUUGAGCUGUAUUCAGAGGUUAUGAUGAAUGGUUAUCACAUCAGUACUGUGAAAGUGAAGAGUUGGUAUAAUCCUUUCGAUGAACAAUUGUUAGAUAGGUAUUUACUUAUCGAUAGAAGCAGAAGAUGGCUUUUAAUAAAACAAACAAUUAAAAGCCACUCAGUUUGCACUAAUUAUUGAGGAAUAUGAUGUAAUUCAGUUUUGCAUGCUAUUUGUAUUAAGCAGUAAUAAUUAACCAUUUAUUCUGAUCCCUUUUAUUUGACUUGUUUGUGUCUUACUUUGUUGUUUCAGGCUAGGAGAGCAGUAUUACAGAGAUGCCAUGGAGCAGUGUCACAGUUACAAUGCACGUUUGUGUGCCGAGCGCAGCAUCCUGAUGCCUUUUCUGGACUCUCAGACCGGUGUAGCUCAGUCCAACUGUUACAUCUGGAUGGAGAAGAGACAUCGAAGUGCAGGUAUUUAUUAUCAAUUACGGCUUAUUCAGUGUUAUUAUCGAUUUAUUACAGUCUCACUUCACUUCAUUUCAACUUUAUUAUGUCCCAAAAUGGGCAAAUCGGAUUGCAGCAGGCACAGGCAGUGAAAACACUGCCGUACAUCAUAAAAGAGAAUAAAAGAAAAUACAUUUACAUAAAAAACAAUUCAGGAAGUAAAAAUCGUUAAAGACGAUUUAGAAGGUAAAAAAGCACAUGUCAGUCAAACCAGUAUUUUUGUAUAAGCAAAGUGCAUAGACUGCAGAAACAAAGUGCAGUGUGCAGUUUGCAUACCGAUAAAAGAAACCCUAGAUUAAGUUUUAUCCUUCCCAGAUCAGCGAGAUCAGGCCCAUUAAACCUAGAGCCGAUACGUACAGCAAGAACACAAUAAUUCAGUACAAUACAAAAUAAUUAUAAUAAUAGUAAUAGUAAUGAUAUACACCAUCCAAUAUCAGUAGCAGUUAUCUCCUCCUGCAGGAAUCAUUUAGGGCUUUGAUAGAGCCUGGGAUGAAAGAGUCUCCUCAGUACUCUGCAAAAUGGUAAAAAACAAAACAAAGAGCUUUCACUUCACACAAAAUAACAGAUUACUCAACUUCCAAUGCUUGUCUUUGUGUUUCUACUUGUUUCCAAAACAACAGGUGUAGCUCCAGGGCAGUUGUACACCUACCCUGCUCGACGCUGGAGGAAGAAACGGCGUUCUCAUCCUCCUGAGGACCCACGCCUGGCCUUCCCUCCUCUCAAAGCAGGUAUCACGUCUGAAAAAUCAUGAUGAAAAAUCAACCACAAACACAGUCAGCGGGAUUGGUCUGAAACCUGUUUUGCCUGAAGUUACAGAAAGUGGUUCCGCUUGUAAUGCUAUUUUGAGGUAUGUUUGUUUUUGUGUCUCUCUGUCAUGUUCAUACACGUAUUACUGUUGUCCUUCUUCUGUGUAGCGGAUUUGGAGUUGGGUCUGAAGCGAGAUACCCUUGGACCGGUGGAUGGCAGCAGUCUGGAGGCACUGCUGAAGGGGGAGCCUGUUGACAGGAGGAGUGGAGUGUCGGACCUGCGUGGUCCUGAGGAUGAUGCAGCAACCGUGGAGCCUCCUGCCUCCUCUGCAACCACGCACACUUCUUCUGGGCGUGUCAGGAAGGUCUGGCUCAAAGAUAGCUGAACACUUUUAUUCCUGCAACUGUAGCAGAUCAUGUAUAUAUAAUUAUGAUGUAACUGUCAAAUCAGCAUCCCUCAGUACCCGCUACUUAAAUCUCUUUUUGCUCACCAUGUAAGUGGCAGACAGCAAUAAGUAAUCACAGCCACAUUUUCUACUUUCAUAAACUCAUAAUAAAUAAUACUGUCAAUGAAAUUACUUAAUUUAACAAAGAACUGUAGUUUGAGUACAGCCAGACCUAAUCUGAACCCGUUUGUAGCAGCGAGUCCUGGACCAUGAUGACUACUUGGAUGACCUGGAUGAUGAAGACUUUGAGGAUGAGACCCCAAAGAGACGAGGAAAGAGUAAAUCCAAGGUGAGUGGCAUGUCUUUUUCUGCAUUAAGAUCAGUAAAAUUGACAUUUCAGACACAAAAGUUUUAUAUUUUAACCACAAGACUGAGGGGAUAGUUUUUAAAUCUGCGUUUUUUUACAGCUUUGAUUUUUUUUUGUUGAUUCUUUUAGUGGCACAGUAACCGUCCUUGUAUUAAAUCCUGUUCUUUUUUCCUUUAAAAUGCAAAAGGAAAAUUCAGGAGUGUUAAAUGCCUCUUUCAGGGUCGCAGUGACAAGAAUGGCAAGAAAAAACAGGAAGCUGCAGCUGCUGCGUUGGAGGAGAGAGACAAACCAUACGCUUGUGAUAGUGAGUACAAACUUCUUUAGCUUGCUUGUGUGUCAUGCAUGUCAGCAAAAGAGGCUUUUGCUUUUUCCCCUGGAAGACAAAAACGCCCUUUCUGCCAUGCAUGGUUUGAUCUGAAAGAGCCUACCAAGGACUAAAGUUUGACAGCAAAGAAAUUGGAAAAGUCGCCCGCCUGAAUGCUUUUUUUUUUUUUUUUCCUGCUAUUUUUCGUUUUGAUUUUUUCCUGAGAUGCCGCGCCAUGUGUGCUCUCUAACUUCCUGCUGGCCAUGAAGCUCAUUGUGCAAACGCUCACCGCUACCCGAUGAGUUUGCUGCUAGCGCGUCAGCCGAAAAUUAACAAUGUGAAUAUAACUGGGUAAAGUCGGUUGUGGGUCGAUGAGCAGCAUUCCUUUGUGGUUCUUCCUUGGGCCCUUUUGGACGAUCGCUACGAUUGGCCGCCAUCACUGUAACACUUUUCUAUGACCAUGUGUGUGUGUCAGUCUGUGGGAAGCGCUACAAGAAUCGUCCUGGCCUGAGCUACCACUAUACACAUUCUCACCUGGCUGAGGAGGAGGGCGAGGACCGCGAGGAGAUCGAGGCACCACCCACUCCUCGCCAGCCUGAGGAGCAGAAGAGUGAGUCACUCUCUAGUGCUGUGAAAGAGAGAGAGAGAGAAAGAGAGAGGAAGGAGGGAAGGAAGGUUUGGUUGCAUGCUGUGUAGCAUGUGUGUGUUUGUACAAAAGAUGUCUCUCUCUCAUUCUUGAUUUUUUCAUGGCGCUCCUUUUACUUUUUGGUUUUCAUGAUGACUUUGAAUCCCGAAUUGUGGGAUAAGUCUCAGUGUUUCUGACCAGAAACAUGUUUGCACAGUUUUGAAUCCUGUUUUUUUUUUUUUUUUUUUCUGCAUUUUUUCCCCAUCAUCAUAUUUGUCUGUUUUUCUUUUGGUAUCGUGUUAGCAGAUGCUUUCAAAAAGUGCUUUUUGUCGAUGCCAUUCAUCAUUUCUUUGGAUUAUUUUUCAAUACAUCAUCAGAGAGUUACUGAAAUGAAAAGCUGUUGUUGACUUUUGUGAAAUGAACAGGUUUGUGUGCUUCAUAUUUCUAUUAUUUGAUUUACAUAUAAUUGUGACUGCAGUAAUGACUCCAUAAGACAUCAUAACAAGGAAAGUGGUAUUUGUUUCAACUGUCUUUUUAAACAGUUAUAAUGUGUCAUAUUAAUGCACCAAAUGGUUUCUUCACUUGUUCUCACACUCAGCAACAAAAAAGGGUCCCAAUGGGCUGGCACUGCCGAACGAUUACUGCGACUUCUGUCUGGGUGAUUCCACCUUGAACCAGAAGACAGGCCAGUCAGAAGAGCUGGUGUCCUGCUCAGACUGCGGUCGCUCGGGUAAGAACCUGAAAACUUUCAAAAACAUCUAAAUCCACUCAACGCUGGAGCUUGGACUCAAAACAUUUAUUCCUUUUCUCCUCUGCAGGCCACCCAACAUGCCUGCAAUUCACACCAGUGAUGAUGGCUGCAGUGAAGACCUACCGCUGGCAAUGUAUCGAGUGCAAGUGUUGCAAUGUUUGCGGUACCUCAGAGAAUGAUGUAAGCCCUGUUACGAGAUAGAAACUGUGUGUUGCUGACAUUUGUUAUUGAAGAAUCAUAGAGUUGUUGUGUUUUAUUAGUGAGGGUAUUCUCAGUGAGGGUAAAUGGCUCAGGACUUCUUACAUCAGAUUACACUUGACAUCAAACUUGACAUAGUUUUUAAUAAGACCCCUCAAAUGUACACAGCCUGUAAGAAGCCAAACUUUAUGUACUGAAACAUUUCAAGAUUGAAUCACUAAUUGUGUAGAUUUAAGUGUCCCCAACUUCAAAGUAGGGCUGAAUGAUUUUGGAAAAUGAUCUUAUUGCGAUUUAAUAUGCGAUUUUUUUUCAAGGCCCUCUUCUAAUGUAUUUUUCUAAUCAGACAACUGUUGUGUUUCUUUAGGACCAGCUGCUAUUUUGCGAUGACUGUGAUCGAGGCUACCACAUGUACUGUCUGAGUCCUCCCAUGACUGAACCACCAGAGGGUAAGCUGACAUGACUGCAGAUAUUAACAGACUUCUUCUCUUAACUCUCUGGGCAAAAAAAAGGAUCUUAGCAUCUGGUUAAUGUGUAAAGUUAGGACACAUGCUGCACACACAGAGUCCAAUCAUACUGCUGUCAGCAUAGUUGUGAUGAACAAGAUUCAAAUUCGUUAAGAGUAAAGGAUCAGGAGUUUGGAUAUCAAGUCUCACUCUGAUCAUUUUUACACUUUUAUUUGUUUUCAAUCACAGAAAUCUAUAGUUCUAUUCAUGUGUAUGAGAUAAAGUCAGCUUGACAGUAUAGGAUUAAUGUGAGACAAAUAUUUGAGGGCACCAAAGGAAUACGGCUGUUUCUUAUAUAGGGUCCCAGCCACAGCACUGGCCACCAAACAUCUUUUUAACUUUGCCCAAUUUCUUUAGCAAAAAGACUGAACACAACUCACUCACUCCCUUCCAGCAGCCGCUUGAUGGUAGUGAGACUAUACUAUGGCUGGGACACUAUAUGUACUGUUGAUGAAGUUAGGUGCUGUUCUGAGCAUUAUUUGUGGCUAUAGAGUGGCGUUUUGGUUGAGGUUUGUUUAUGGCUCCUCAGACCGCCGUGUAUUGCUAUCGUGCGGUCGUUACUAAAGUUGGUUUAACUACAGAAGCAGGCAGUCGGCAACAUUCAUCUCUCGACAGGGUGUCUAACUCGGUGUUGCGGUGUUUUUGACCCUAAGUUAAUUUUACGCCGGAAUACCCCUUUAAGCGUGCUUUACCACAAAAUAAAGCUGCAUUCUCAUUUGCUAACAUUUCUCUUGUAAUUUACAGGGAGCUGGAGCUGCCACCUGUGCCUGGCCCUUCUAAAAGAUAAAGCCUCCAUAUACCAGCAGAACCAGAACUCUGCCCCAGAGUGA